UCGAUUGAUUCGUAGUCCCACCCCCCCCGCGCCUUUGCCCUUUGUGCUGUAAUCGAGCUCCCGCCAUCCCAGGUGCUUCUCCGUUCCUCUAAACGCCGGCGUCUGGACGCGAGCGCAGGUCGCCGGUUUGUGCCUUCGGUCCCCGCUUCGCCCCCUGCCGUCCCCUUCUUGUCACGGUCCUGCUCGCGGCCUCGCCUCCCCGCUGUCUCCGCCGCCCGCCAUGGCGACCGCGACCCCCGUGCCGCCGCGGACGGGCAGCCGCGCUGGCGGCCCCACCACGCCGCUGAGCCCCACGCGGCUGUCGCGGCUCCAGGAGAAGGAGGAGCUGCGCGAGCUCAAUGACCGGCUGGCGGUGUACAUCGACAAGGUGCGCAGCCUGGAGACGGAAAACAGCGCGCUGCAGCUGCAGGUGACGGAGCGCGAGGAGGUGCGCGGCCGCGAGCUCACUGGCCUCAAGGCGCUCUACGAGACCGAGCUGGCCGACGCGCGACGCGCGCUCGACGACACGGCCCGCGAGCGCGCCAAGCUGCAGAUCGAGCUGGGCAAGUGCAAGGCGGAACACGACCAGCUGCUCCUCAACUAUGCUAAGAAAGAAUCUGAUCUUAAUGGCGCCCAGAUCAAACUUCGAGAAUAUGAAGCAGCACUGAAUUCUAAAGAUGCAGCUCUUGCUACUGCACUUGGUGACAAAAAAAGUUUAGAGGGAGAUUUGGAGGAUCUGAAGGAUCAGAUUGCCCAGUUGGAAGCCUCCUUAGCUGCUGCCAAAAAACAGUUAGCAGAUGAAACUUUACUUAAAGUGGAUUUGGAAAAUCGUUGUCAGAGCCUUACUGAGGACUUGGAGUUUCGCAAAAACAUGUAUGAAGAGGAGAUUAAUGAGACCAGAAGGAAGCAUGAAACGCGCUUGGUAGAGGUGGAUUCUGGGCGUCAAAUUGAGUAUGAGUACAAGCUGGCUCAGGCCCUUCAUGAGAUGAGAGAGCAACAUGAUGCCCAAGUGAGGCUGUAUAAGGAAGAGCUGGAGCAGACUUACCAUGCCAAACUUGAGAAUGCCAGACUGUCAUCAGAGAUGAAUACUUCUACUGUCAACAGUGCCAGGGAAGAGCUGAUGGAAAGCCGCAUGAGAAUUGAGAGUCUUUCAUCCCAGCUUUCUAAUCUACAGAAAGAGUCUAGAGCAUGUUUGGAAAGGAUUCAAGAAUUAGAGGACAUGCUUGCUAAAGAAAAAGACAACUCUCGUCGCAUGCUGACAGACAAAGAGAGAGAGAUGGCGGAAAUAAGGGAUCAAAUGCAGCAACAGCUGAAUGACUAUGAGCAGCUUCUUGAUGUAAAGUUAGCCCUGGACAUGGAAAUCAGUGCUUACAGGAAACUCUUAGAAGGCGAAGAAGAGAGGUUGAAGCUGUCUCCAAGCCCUUCUUCCCGUGUGACAGUAUCCCGAGCAUCCUCAAGUCGCAGUGUACGUACAACUAGAGGAAAGCGGAAGAGGGUUGAUGUGGAAGAAUCAGAGGCGAGUAGUAGUGUUAGCAUCUCUCAUUCCGCCUCAGCCACUGGGAAUGUUUGCAUUGAAGAAAUUGAUGUUGAUGGAAAAUUUAUCCGCUUGAAGAACACUUCUGAACAGGAUCAACCAAUGGGAGGCUGGGAAAUGAUCAGAAAAAUUGGAGACACAUCAGUCAGUUACAAAUAUACCUCAAGAUAUGUGCUGAAGGCAGGCCAGACUGUUACAAUUUGGGCUGCAAACGCUGGUGUCACAGCCAGCCCCCCGACUGACCUCAUCUGGAAGAACCAGAACUCAUGGGGCACUGGCGAAGAUGUGAAGGUUAUACUGAAAAAUUCUCAGGGAGAGGAGGUUGCUCAAAGAAGUACAGUCUUUAAAACAACCAUACCUGAAGAAGAGGAGGAGGAGGAAGAAGCAGCUGGAGUGGUUGUUGAGGAAGAACUUUUCCACCAGCAGGGAACCCCAAGAACAUCCAAUAGAAGCUGUGCAAUUAUGUAAAAUUCUCAUCAACUGUCUUCCUCAAAAUAAAGAAGUAUGGUAAUCCUUACCUGUAUACAGUGCAGAGCCUUCUCAGAAGCACAGAAUAUUUUUAUAUUUCCUUUAUGUGAAUUUUUAAGCUGCAAAUCUGAUGGCCUUAAUUUCCUUUUUGACACUGAAAGUUUUGUAAAAGAAAUCAUGUCCAUACACUUUGUUGCAAGAUGUGAAUUAUUGACACUGAACUUAAUAACUGUGUACUGUUUGGAAGGGGUUCCUCACAUUUUUUGACUUUUUUUGUACGUGUUUUUUCUUUUUUUUUAAGUUCUGAUGAGGAGGGGAGGGUGAAUAAACCACUGUGAGUCUCGGUAUAAUUUGAAGAUUGCUCCAUCUAGACCAGCAAUCUGCUCUUCAUUAUUCUCUGCUAUAUAUAACGGUGCUGUGAGGGAGGGGGAACGCAUUUUUCAAUCUACUGAACUUUUGUACCGAAUUUUUUUGUAAUAAGCAAUCAAGGUUACAAUUUUUUUUAAAAUAGAAAUUUUGUAAGAAGGCAAUAUUAACCUAAUCACCAUGUAAGCACUCUGGAUGAUGGAUUCCGCAAAACUUGGUUUUAUGGUUACUUCUUCUCUUAGAUUCUUAAUUCAUGAGGAGGGUGGGGGAGGGAGGUGGAGGGAGGGAAGGGUUUCUCUAUUAAAAUGCAUCCAUUGUGUUUUUUAAGAUAGUGUAACUUGCUUAAAUUUCUUAUGUGACAUUAACAAAU